AUGGUUGACGAAAGUAAACUGCAGUGCUAUCAUAAAGGAUGCGGUCUCCUUUUCGAUCCCAAGGAGAAUGACAACGAAGCUUGUACAUAUCACCCUGGGGGUCCGUAUUUCCAUGAUGCAUACAAGAUUUGGACAUGUUGUGAUAAGAAAAGUACUGAUUUCGGUACAUGGAUGAAUUAUAAAGGAUGUACGCGUGGAAAACACAGCAAUGAAAAACCAGUCGAUAUUGUAAAAGUUGCCGCGGUAAAGGAAAUUCGACCAGAGAAAGAAGAAGAUGUUAUUGUUUGGAAAGGGCUCAAUAAAUCUGGAAAAUUGGAUAGCAAGGAUGCGACAAAGAGAAUUGAGCAAAAUUUGAAUGUUGAAGUGACGCCUGGAGCAACCGCAGCUAUUGAGAAAAAGCUGAAAGAAAUAUCUGAAGCUGCUCAAAGUGCGGAUAUUCAAAUUGGCGCCCCAUGUCGAAACAAUGGAUGUUCUACUGAAUUCGAUGGAUCGAAAAACAAGGAAAACUGUCAGCAUCACCCUGGAGCUGCCAUUUUCCACGAAGGAAUGAAGUAUUGGUCGUGUUGUAACAAGAAAACUUCUAAUUUUGGAGCUUUCCUUGAGCAAGUGGGCUGCACUUCAGGCGAACAUAAGUUCAGAAAUAAUGAAAUUGUCAGCAAAUUCCGAGAAGAUUGGUUUUCGAGCAAUGGAUUUGUCACCAUCAACGUGUAUUGUAGAGGUGCUCUACCCGAAACCGCAAACAUCGUUUCCGAUGGUCACACCGUUCGAGUGAGUAUGAAGCACGGAUUUGGAAAUGCAAGCGUGGAUCUCGAUUACGAUUUAUGGGAUGAAGUUAUUCCCGAGGAAAGUCGUGUUGUCAUUGGCGAAAGAAAGGUCGAAAUUUCAUUGAAACAAAAACACGGAACCGGAUGGCCUCGUCUCAAAUUUGAUCCUGAACUGGAUGCAAAAAAUGAUGAAGAAGCUUAAACUUUGAUUUUAAUUUCCAUCAAACAUAUCUUUCUAUUUGUUCCCAAACCGUUUCCCAAUCCCACAUUGAUCUUCUAUGAACCUGAAUAAUUUUAAAUCAUGGCGAUAACCAUUUUCUUCAUAGCCAGUAGGAUUUCUUCUUCUUUCUUCCGAGAGAUCCCACUAUAAAUGACAAUUUAGUUUUUUUCUAAUUUUUUGCUUCAUAAAUAUAAAAUAUGCGUUUGUU